UUUAUAAUUUUGUUAGAAGUAUUUUGUAACAUUUGAUGAAUACAACACAAAUACAGAUGUCAGAGGUUAUCAGAAACUUCUCCAGACUAUAAUAUGCCUGAGGUUUGAAUUUUGUAGGGAACUAUCCUGUCUUUUACAAGUGCAUGGCAGUCAGUACUGCUUCUAUACUCAGUCGCCUCCUUCAACAUAAGACUACGAAGCCCCGUACAGAAUCCAGUGGCACUAAAGCCGUAAUUAGUUCAAUCCUUGUUCAUCUCAAAGUUAGUCAUCUUCAGAAGGCUGUUUCCAUCCUCUUUGCAUUCCCAGACUCUGUACCUUACUCUUUGUACGCGCACCUCCUCCACCUUUGCUCCUUAAAAUCAGCCAUUGUAGAGGCCCGUAAAGUCGAAUCUCACUUGAUCUCCUUUUCCCCCUCGCCACCGAUCUUCCUCUUGAAUCGUUGUAUCGAAACCUACGGAAAAUGCAGGUCUUUGGAUGAUGCAAAGGAAAUGUUUGAUGAAAUGCCUCAAAGAGACGGUGGGUCUUGGAAUGCCAUAAUUACAGCAUAUACGCGAAAUGGGUACCCCGAAAAUGCCUUGCAUUUGUUUUUGAAGAUGACUAGGGACGGAGUUUUGGCUAAUGAGAUCACGUUCGCUAGUGUUCUGGGGUCUUGUGGUUUGAUUUGCGAGCUUGGUCUUUCGAGGCAAAUUCAUGGGCUUAUUGUGAAGUAUGGGUUUUUGGAGAAUGUUAUUCUGGGAAGUUCACUUGUGGAUGUGUAUGGGAAGUGUGGGAUUAUGAGUGAUGCACGAAGAAUGUUUGAUGGGAUUGAGAACCCAAACGCUGUCUCUUGUAAUGUGAUUGUUAGGCGGUAUCUUGAGAUGGGUGAAGAGGAGGAGGCAAUUGUCAUGUUCUUCAACAUGUUCCGAGAGGACAUUAGGCCUUUGAAUUUUACCUUCUCUACUGCUCUUAUUGCUUGUUCAGGUUUGUGUGCACUCAAGGAAGGAAAAGAGAUCCAUGGAGUUGCAAUUAAAUUUAAUCUUGAAAAGGAUAUGGUCGUUUCCAGUUCUCUCAUUGACAUGUAUGUGAAGUGUGCAGAAGUAGAGAGUGCACGUAGGAUUUUUAACCAGCUUGGCUCAAAAGAUGUGAUCACUUGGACUUCAAUUAUCUCAGGCUACGUGAUAAAUAGAAGAACUAGAGAAGCAAGGGAUAUUUUUAAUGAGAUGCCUGAACGGAAUGUUAUCUCAUGGAAUGCAAUGCUGGCAGGAUAUGUCCGGAUAGAAGAAUGGGAACAGGCUGCGGAUUUUCUUCUUCAGAUGCGCAAUGAAUUUGAUCAUGUUGAUUCUGUUACUCUUGGGUUAAUUUUAAGUAUCUGUUCUGGCCUUUCAGAUGUUGAAAUGGGCAAACAGGUUCAUGGGUUUGUCUAUCGACAUGGUUUCUGUUCCAAUAUCUUUAUUGGCAACAAUCUCCUGAACAUGUAUGGAAAAUGUGGAAACCUGAGAAGUGCUAGAAAUUGGUUCUAUCAGUUAAAUCAAUGGAGGGAUAGAGUUUCUUGGAAUGCUUUGUUGAGCAGCUAUGCUCGCCGUGGUCGGAGUGAACAAGCCUUGUUAUUUUUUGGAGAGAUGCAAUGGGAGGUGAGACCGAGUAAGUUUACAUUUGGAACCCUUCUAGCUGCUUGUGCAAAUAUAUUUGCAGUCAAGCUAGGCAAACAAAUCCAUGGUUUCAUGAUCAGAAAUGGUUAUGAUAUAGAUAUUGUUAUUAGAGGAGCUCUAGUAGACAUGUACUCUAAAUGUCAUUGUCUUGACUACGCUCUCAUGGUCUUCAUGGAGGAAGCUUCGCAUGAUGUGGUUCUUUGGAACUCUAUGAUUUUGGGAUGUUGCCACAAUGGAAGAGGUAGGGAGGUGCUUGAAUUGAUUAGGCUGAUGGUAGAGGACGGAGUUAAGCCGGAUCAUGUAACCUUUCAAGGUAUUUUGCGAGCCUGCGUAUAUGAGUGUCAACUUGAAUUGGGUAGGAAGUAUUUUAAUUCAAUGUCAGACGAAUAUUUUGUCAUACCUCGACUUGAGCACUAUGAAUGGAUGAUUGAGCUCUACUGUCGUUGUGGCAGUAUGUACGAGCUUGAGAAUUUUGUCAAGGCGAUGCCAUUUGAGCCCACAACAAGAAUGAUGAUUAGAAUCUUGAAUGCAUGUCAAAAAUAUGGAUUCUUGAAGUUGGGGGAAUGGGCUGCUAGAAGACUUAAUGGAUUGAAUAAUUCAGUUCCUAUUUCAUGUUGAAACCAGACAAAUGACCAAA